CAUCAUGUGACCAAAGAAAGAACCUUAAUGUGCCAAUCAUCUUCCAUAUUUCACCCAUAAGGAGGAGGAGGAUCUUUGUGAUCUCAGACCACACCCAUUACUCAUUUGACUUUACCAUCUCAUCCCCUCUGUUUCCUUCUGAGUUUUAGAGAGAGAGAGAGAGAGAGAGAGAGAGGAGCAUCCAUGGCAGCAGCAGGGAGGUCUUGUUACAGAGAUGUGCUGCCGUUCACGGCGAUGGUGACGAUGGAGUGCAUGAACGUCGGCCUAAACACUCUCUUCAAAGCUGCCACUCUAAAUGGAAUGAGCUACCAUGUCUUUGUUGUCUACUCUUACUCAGUUGCUGCCUUUGUUCUCAUCCCAGCUCCUUUCGUCUCCCGCAGAUCAAGGGUGCUUCCUCCUCUCAACUUCUCCAUCAUGUCCAAAAUUCUUCUUCUUGGACUCAUAGGGAGUUCAUCACAGAUCAUGGGGUACACAGGAAUCAACUACAGCUCUCCAACACUUGCUUCAGCCAUCAGCAACCUUGUGCCAGCUUUCACUUUUAUCCUUGCCAUCAUUGUCAGGCUGGAAAGUACAGCUUUGAGAAGCAGAAGCAGUCAAGCAAAAAUCUUGGGUACAAUAGUUUCACUUGCAGGUGCAUUUGUGGUGACUCUCUACAAGGGCCCUCCUAUUGUGUUUGCUAAUCAAUCACAAUCUAUUUCACUUCACCAACCUCUCCUAAACUCCCCACCACCAACAAACUCAAAUUGGAUAAUUGGUGGCCUUCUGCUAACAGCUGAGUACAUAUUGGUACCACUUUGGUACAUUGUUCAGGCACAAAUCAUGAAAGAUUACCCGAAUGAGUUAACCGUCAUCUUCUUCUACAAUGUCUGCGUGGUCGCCGUUUCUGCGGCUGUUGCUUUGAUUACAGAACCAAAUUCAAGCGCUUGGAAGUUGAGACCUGAUAUUGCAUUGCUUUCCAUUCUCUGCUCAGGGCUAUUUGGGUCGUUUUUGAACAAUGCUGUUCACACAUGGGUGCUGCGCUUGAAGGGACCUGUCUAUGUGACAAUGUUCAAGCCUUUGUCCAUGGCCAUUGCUGUGGUCUUGGGCGUUGUGUUCCUUCAUGACACUCUUCAUCUCGGAAGCCUAGUUGGAGCAACAAUUAUAUCUUUUGGGUUUUAUGCUGUACUGUGGGGGAAAACAAAGGAAGAGGUCGGUGAAGAACCUGUAGCUACUAGCCUGGAAUCCCCAUCUACCACCCACAAGGCCCCUUUAUUGCAAAACUAUAAAAACGAAAAGUAAAUCAAAGAUUUGCAGAUGUAUAUAUGUAUGAAAGUCAAAAACAAGACGUCCAGUCGAUCAUCGAACGUCUAUUUGCCUACUAGAAAUCUUCCAUAUGACUGUUUGUGGCUGGAGAAUUAGCAUACGUUACAGAUGCAAUGAGGGAAAGCCCACCUUAUCGAACACUGCUUGGCUCCUUAUAAGUAAGAAGCAUGAUGCAACAUUAGUGAUGGGGAAUGAGACCCUUAAGUUAAAUAAUCGACAUGUGUUUAUGGAUGGAACUCAACGGCGAUUUUCAUUCUUGGAAGUCGCCUCAUCUCGAUGGAUUGGACGUAACAACUAGCUCCAAGUCAAACUCUACAAGGUCAUCCUAGACUUGAGACUUGAGGAAGAGCUUGGGAAGGAUAACAUGCUUUGAGGGAGGAUACUUUAAGUUGUAUAAAGCUUUCUAAUGUAAUCUUUAUUCCAUAAGAACAAGAUUUUUUUUACAAUCCAAAA